GUCACGUCCAAGGUAAUAUCAUCCAAUACGAGUUAUCUUCCCUAGUACCUCAUUUGAUGGUCCUUCCUACUCUCUGUCCAUUAGUUAUUUCCCCCACCUACCUAUACAUCGCACUCACCCACUGAUAGAACACGACUGGCUCUACUCCGAUCAAACUCCGUGCAUGAGUAACCCGCCACCAUGUUGGCUCUCCGAGACCAGGAGAAUCUGGUGCACGCCCACCAGACGGUGGCCGCUUCGAAGCCCUUGAAUCAAGGCGCCAGGACCCUUCAACCGAAAACCCCGGGUGCCCGUGCCCCGAAGACACCGUUCAAGAUCCCACUGAACGACGAGAAUGAUCCGCUGGGUUUUGGGAAGAAAACCGUCAAGGGGACGGGGAAGCAGAAGGAGACUACCAAGCUCUCUGUGAAAGAUGCGUUUGCUACACCGAUGGACACCCGUCAGCGGGCCCCCCUCGGAAUGAAAACGACCAAUGCCAAGGCCAGAGGUCUGCAGACCCCUGCAGCACCGGGGACGAUGAAGCCGGAGAGGACGACAAAACGUGCUUCCACCCAGAAAGUCAAGAAGUUCGCCCCGUUGACCGAGCCGAGUCAGCCCGAGGUGCAGGCGCAACCUGCCCCGGAUGACGUUCCCGACAUUGAAUACAUGCCGCCCAAGCCCAAAGCACUUUUAGAUAUCCCUGAUGAUAUCACGUACGACACCACGUUCCCCCAGUUCCAACCGCAGAAUCUCGCCCUAGGACUGGAAAGCGUGUAUGGAGACAAUGAAGUUGGGGAGGAUGGGCUCACCCGCCGACAGCGCAAGUUCCAGGAGGAUUCCAUCGCGGUCGACAAGAUGGUAGACGAGAUGAUCCUGAAGUCGGUGGAGAGUAUUGGGUUCGAGGACACCCCGCAGGUCACUCUUCCGCGCAAGACCCGCGCACAGGAACUCCCCCAGCGUCGCACCAGGGCCACUGCAAACAAGGCCAAGGAGAACAGCCACACCGAUGUCUCCACCGUCCGCGCCCGCAAUGCGGCCGCUGCUCUAUCCGGCACCGACAGACCAACCACGCGCACCAGGUCCGCCGCCCUGCCGAAGCCCAAGCCCCGAGUCGCUUCCUCCAUGUUUGCAUCCCGCAAGCCUCGUGCUCCGGCCAACCCGUCCCCGAUGCGCAACACCGCCGCAGCCGCCCGCUCCCGCACGACGGUGGGGUACACCAAGGGCCGCGACAUGUCAUCCAAGCUCCAUGGUCCGUCGCCGGCCGCCCCGGAGGUUCUCGAACCCGCAGGCGCGAACAUCCUGUCCCCGGAGACCUACCUGCUGCCUUCUCCCGCUGGAUCGUCACUCUUCGACAGCGAAAUCCCCCAUGUCCCGCAGCCAGACGAAGGCUCGUUGGCCCAGGAAGAGGAAGAAAGGCUCCCGACUUUCGACGAGGAUGAGGAAGCCCAGAACUUCCAGCUCGCGUUGUAAACGGGAUCCUUUAUUACAUCGUUCUCCAGAAGGAGAUCGGAUACGUCGGAAUGCCCCGGGGACUGCAUUAGCGGUCAGGACUCAGGAGUCUCAUGGGAUGAGGUGUUAUGCUAUGCUUUGUGUUUUGCUCCAUUUGUGAAUUUUUUUCUUUCUAAUACUGUUCUUCUUUACUGUCAUCGUUUUCAUGAAUGAAUCGCCGGAACAACGGCACGGACUGGCUAUACAAUGGGAUGGGGGCCGGUAACAGGGAAAUUCCACCAGAGGGUGGCGUUAAUGUGUAUGUUUACGAAUGUUAUUCCAAUCAGAUCAAAG